AUGCCGGAUGCCCAGUUCUGCUUUCCAAUCCUUCUUGAGGACAUUGACACAGAUCUCGCCAUUGGCGCCCACGUUGGGGUGGAAGAUUUUGGUCAGAAAAUAGCCCUUUGGGGGGCUAGCUGGGAAGUCUUUGCCGAAGUCUCAACACUCACCUCAGACCUGCCUGAGGGCAUCAAGGUCUUCCCCAACGAGGAGGACAUCACAGAUGUCCAAGUCACAAUUGAAGGACCAAAGGGUACUCCAUACUCCGGUGGCCUCUUUCGCAUGAAGUUGAUUCUCGGCAAAGACUUCCCAGCUAGCCCCCCAAAGGGCUAUUUUCUGACCAAAAUCUUCCACCCCAACGUGGGCGCCAAUGGCGAGAUCUGUGUCAAUGUCCUCAAGAAGGAUUGGAAAGCAGAACUGGUCAUCCGGCAUGUCCUGCUGACC